ACAACAAAUAUGCUACUAAAAAGCUGUCUACUGGGCCUGGCCCUUUUAUCGUGCGCACUUGCCGCUGAAGAAACGCCGAUAGCAACAGCUGCCAGUAAUCACAAAUUGGUAGAAUCGCCUGCGGCCGCACCGUUUGAAACCUCGCAUAAACAUCCUGAAGCAGCUGCCAUUCACAGUGAUGAGGGUUUCCAUACGGCACACAGGAUUAGUGUGCGGGCGACAGAUCCGGCAGAUUAUUCGAUGAAUCUGUUGCCGACCAAGGAGCGGCCCGAAUUGAAUCCCGUGCUCAGUGCUCUGAUCAAUGAGGAUGUGAUGAAGAGCAUUGAGGCCAAGCGUGCCAUUGAGGAGAAAGAGUUGGCCAUAGUCCGUCACGAGAUCGAACAGGCAGAUCUUGCCGAAUUGGCCCAGAAGGAGAAGCUGAAGCAAAAUCUGGCCGUCACCGAGGCUCCAGUUGGCCAAUUGACAACAUUGCCAACAGCGACCAAAAAGUUUGAUCAACUGGGUGAUGAUGAUGUUGUGGUCGAUCCACAUGAUGACUUUGUCAAUCAGAACUUUGCCCUCGAGGGAGCUGGCAGUGAGAACAACAAGAAAUCUCGCAUUGAGAUCAAAAAGGGACCCAAUGGCGAGGACUAUGAGUACGAGUAUGUCUACUACUACUACGACGACGAUGAAGAUCCUACCAAAAAAGCAGGUGCUGAGGCAACACCCACUGCCGCAGGGGCUGCAGAUACACGCGGCAAGACCCGGUAUACCAACAUAGAGCGCAGCACUCCGGCCACGCCCAGCGAAAAUAGUCUGCAGAGUGGCAAGGCCAAGGGACGUGCCUCUAGUGCAGCUGCACCCAGUGAAACACCCGCUAGCGAAGACAUCGAAGUCGAACGUUUACCUCACAACACACGCUUCCCCAGUCGCGGCAAGAAUAUCGAAGUGCCGCCAACGCCCGCCCUCGAUUCCCUGGAAACGGCCGCCGAACGCAAGAAGAUCAGUGUUAAGCGUCCCAGUUUGGAGUUGGUCGACAGCCAGACCUUCAACACAGACGAGAAGCAGCCAAAGGGUUCGCGGGACAAUGAAUUGAAGCCCGUGAUCCAACAAGAGCAAGAGCAGGCAGCUGCUGCGGCGGCUGCAGCGGCCGCUGCUGCUGCUAAGAAGGAAGUAGGACCUACAGAAGAAGCAGCAGGUUCAACUAGCAGUGAUGAUGAAGCAGAACAGACUACCCCCUCUAUGGAGAAGGCCGCUCUCGAUCUGUAUGCCAUCCUGACCAAUGAGAAUCUGAACAAUGAGCAAACAACCGUCACUUCCGAUUCCGAUGAUCUCUCAGCUACGACUCUCGUUCCGGACACCGCCAAUACUGAAGAUGAUGGAAGUCUAACCACAUUGCUGACCGAUGACGAGCAGCUGGCGUCCUCCACAACGCCAUCGACAACCACAAGCACCACGACAACCACAACGACCACAACUGAAGCACCCACCACUACAACAACAACGACAGCAGCACCAUCGCUCUUUGGCGGACGACGCGGAGGCCUUAAUGGCUUGGCUGGACGUAAUCGUUUUAAGUUGAACCGCGAAGGAGGAGCAUCAGCUGGCACCAGUACCACAACCACUGAAACACCAGCCACCGAAACCACAAAGACAGGCAGAAAUCGCUUCUCUCGCCCCUCAAUUGGUGGUCGUUCUCGUCCUGGAGCUCGCACAACAGCUGCACCAGAGGCCUCUGCUGCUCCCGCAGCUGAAGAGGAAGCUAUCGCAGUCAAGGAGGUGAAACCAGUCAGCUCAGGCUUUGGACGCGGCAGACCACGCAAUCGUUUCAAUCUGCGCGGAUCGACGACAACCACCGAGAAGCCAGCCGAGGAAGGCGCCGCCGAGGGUUCCUCUGCAGGAUCAGAAGCCGUUUCAAGCACCACAGCUCGUAGCUCCCUACGUGGUCGAACUGGUCUUAGCGGUCUCCGUGGACGUAGUCGUACCACUACCACCAAAGCGCCUGCUGCUGAGGACAGUGACGAUGCCAGCAACACUAAUGCAGAUGGCGAGAGUGCCAAGGCAGCCCCUGCUCCAGCAAGCUCAGAUGCAGUACGUCCCUCACGUUUCAAUUUGCAUCGUCCCGGCGGCAACCGCUUGCUGCCACGUGGCAAACUGGGACGCGCUGGUGUUAGCACCGAGGCACCCAAGGCGGAGGGAGCUCCCGAGGACUCUGCUGCCGAUAGCAGCCAUCACAGCGUGGUGAAGGGAGGUGAGGCGACAGAGGGCGGUGCCAGCGAGGGCGCCGAGAAGACUGAAACAGGCGAUGCGCCAGCUGCUGCCGGACCCGUAUCCGGUUUCAAUCGCCUUAAGAACCGACCUCGCCUCAAUACGCUCCAGCACAAGACUGAUGCGGUGGCCAAGCCAAAAGCAGCGGCGCUCGCAAGCUCCGCAUCGCCCGCAGUGCCACGUAAGAUUAAUCCCCUGUUAGCUAAGCGCCGUUUGCAUUUGGGUGGCGCAACAUCGACCACAGAAACUCCCGCUGAGGAGGAGCAGAGUGGAGCAUCUUCGGAUGCCUCGUCAGAGCAGCCAGCCAAGGAAGAUUCAGCGGUCGCCGCUGGCGGUUCUGUGAGUUCCGAUGAGUCAGGUGAUAGUGCGGCCAAGGAGCACAACGAUACCACGGAGGCCACAGAGACAACCACCAAGCAGGCACGCGGUUUGGGUCUGCUCGGCCAGCGUCGCAGAUUGCCUCUGAGAAAGCCGGGGACCAUAUUGUAAGAACGCUGGCCACCAAACGUAAUCUAGCUAUCGUUCUUCCUACCACUCUGCCCCCUUCUUCACCAUUCUGCUUAUCGUCCUGUGCGUCCCAUGGGAAGCAAUUGAUCUUUUAGCUCCUGGUCAAAAUACUCUCGUCAGGAUUUAACUGCUCCUCCUAUCCAAAAUGGUCCGUAUCAUUUAUACGGUUCGAUCUUUAACCAUCUACUUUGUUGUGUCUCUAUUUCUUUUCGUUUCUGCAAAAUGCGAUUAGCUUUUUAAAUUUUAUAUUCAUAAUAUUGCGAUACUAUUUAAGAAUCUCCCGGAUAAAGUCACCAAACCGAACCGAAAGAAUUGAGCAAAAGAAACAAAAUGCAAAGGAUAUGCAUAUAGGUAUACUCGUAAAGCCACUUGUAGAACUUUAAGAAAAUUUAAAUAUCGUUUGGAAAGUUGAUUUAUUUUUUUUUUUACAUUCGAAUGAUUCGACGUCGUGGACCUUAAUAUUUUGUGUGUGUACUUAUUUUGGGGCUAGCCACAACAAAACCACAAAGAGCUCAAGAUCUAUCAAUGUCGGGACUGUAAUUUUUACUACUACCUAUAUGGUAUAGCAGAUACAUUAACUUUUAUUUUUAUAUAUAUAUAUAUA